AUGGUGCAGGUUCUUGGUCCAUUGUCUGCUCGUCCGCCUACUCCACCCAGGACAUCAUCUCGUGUGCUACCUGAAAAGGAGCACACGCAAGAUACCCCGGUUACCGUGAAGACGACGAACGAUUCCCCAUUACCGGCGUCUGCAUCCAAUGGCGGUCUCUCCAGUCGCAAAUUCAAGCGGGUGAACUUCUCGCCAUGGCCAAAAUCCCAUCCGAACAAGCCAGAUCUGAAGACUCUACCUCCUUCGAAUGAGUGUAAACCUUCGAAAUCAAUUCUCAAAACGACCAGCUCGCCCGCACCUGUCAACUCGCCUAAUGUGGCCUCUUACACGCCGGAGUCUUUCGCCAUGCUGCUAGAGUCGAUCACGCAGCAAUUGGCCGGCGAAUCGGUCAGUUCAAGACUCGACGCCUACAUGCAAUUUUUCGGGGCCUUGAGAGCAUACGAUGGGCUUCCUGGAGGGCAGGAAAUUGCAGAUAAGCUUGGUCUCAUCACACAGUUCAUCCAACGGGAUGUGACUCGGGACCUCGGGAGUGGUGGACCCUCAGAUACCAAUCUCGUUACUCAGGCUCUGAAGCUGGCCACCGCUCUAGUAUGGCACACUGAGAUAUGUGCCCAGCUACCGGAUGACUUCAAAAUCUUUCUUGUCGAUCAUUCCAUCAAUGGCUUACAGGACGCCAAACUGCCCAAAUCUGUGGCCACCCAUUAUAUGUCGAUUUUGUCAACACAGACUUUCCAUGCGAAGAUCAUGAACAACUCCAGACUAAACCGUUUGAUGAGCGUAUUGCACGAAAUCACCAACCGGCCUAACCAAAUGGUGCUGUGCAGCUAUUACAAUCUCCUGUAUUAUGCCUUCCGCCCGUCCGCGUCUUUCCAACAUCUGGACGUCGUGUGGGAGGAAUACCUUGCCAUACCCUCCUCGACCACGUUUAGUAUGGUUCCUGGCUUAAGCGACAAACUAGCCCAGGUCUUAUCCAAUAUGCUGUGGAGCUCCCAGGCGAAGGUCUGGUUGGAGAACAAAGCCAAUGAAAGUAAUCGCCUUGUCCCGGAGGAGCUGCCUUCACUUGAUUGCAGAUGGGUACGGUCCAGAAUCACCGCUGUUUUGAAGGUGUUCGAAAACAUUUUCAGAUCUUCUACCUGGUCCGAUGACAUUGAGCAAUCAAGCAUUGCCGCUGCCUGGGUCAGUCUUUCUCGAGCCCUGUCGUAUGCCUCCAGCAAAGAGAUUACCCCAUCUCCAGAAUCAAUGCAAGCAGUCGCCCACAUGCUCGGUCUUCUCCAGCGCCUUUGGAAAGCUGGCCCUGCUUCACUCAACGCCAUCGAAGAUAAUUCCUUGGAUAAGUUUUUCGACCGAUUCAGGUUCCUGUCGACAACCAUGAUUGUCUCACUCGGAAGCAUUCCAUUCACUGAGAAACUCCUACUGAAGACAGCCGAUGAGAAGUUCCAAGCUGCCAAUACGCCGACACAUCGGUCUUUGAGGGUCAACGUGAGUCUCGACAGCCCUAUUCUACAUUUGCUUCGACUAGUCAGCGAUGUGUCCGGCGUCCCAGAGCCAACUGCUUCGUAUCUGCGUCUCAUAAACGAUACCCUUGGCGCCGCAUGCAAGGGCAGAACGGCCAGAAGCUCACGCUUAGAGCUUCUCAGGCAGUGCGCAGAUUUGUUUCCUAGUGAAACAGAAUUCUCUUAUAGAACUCAUACCUUCGCUCAGGUAGGUUGGAAGUCAACAGCACGACUAGCAGCGGAUUCUCUAUGUUCUUAUCCUAUCGAGUCCGCCCGUGAGCGUGACGGGUCUGUUUUGCGCGAUUACGAUAAUGCUAUCAAGAUCCUCUCUACGGGGUUGAAGUUUUCCGACACCAUUCAGGAGUGGGAUCAGCUUGUGGACUCGCUUAUUCGCGUCGUGCGAACUGAGAAGGGUGACGAUGCCAUUGCAACAAUGGUUGUAGAACCAAUCUCUGAGUGUAUGAUGACGCUUAGAGUCCAAGAUACCUACUUGCCAGCAGCCUCCCUAUUCGGCUAUUCUCUUUCCAUCACAUACUGUCAUUACAACAUUCGGAACACGGGGGUCUCAGUAAGUGGACAAGAUGGGCAGGCCAGCGGCAAUUCGAUAUUUCCAGCCAAACUAGUUGAACUAGUGAAUCGGAUCCUUCGAGAGUCUUACGGGGGCUUCGACCCUACAGGAACCAAUGGCAUCGCGGACUUUUUAGAAUCGUUCACGUCCCUUUUAAGCUCUGGUGUCCCAGCAUUUCGCUCUGCGAUCCUUGAAAAUACUCAACAGCCCCUUGCUCUCUGGUUAAAGGAUGACGUGCGCAAGAUUAAUGUUGAAAGUGGCGUGGAAAGCAGGAUUAUCACAGCGGGCCGCGCUCUCUCGUCCGCAGUGAUCAGUAUCUUGCAAGCUUGUUCACCCCACAAUGCCUCCUCCCUACAGAGGUUUGAGCCUAUUAUAUGUGCAGGUCUCGAGUCCUCCCAUAUGUCUAUAGCCAAAAGAUUUCUCGAUUUCUGGAAUUCUUCAUUUGGACAACAAAAGUCACUCCCAUACCCCGAAUCUAUAUCUCGUGCACUACAACAGCUUGAAUCGCAGAUCAAGCUUCAGAACUCGGGACAGGGACAGGUACGUGAAUUGAUACCCGCUUUGGAUUCAGAAACUAAAUGGUCCCAGGUUGGACGUCCGGCAACAUCCCUUGAAUCACAAACAUUGAAUAGUGACCGGGCAGACAUGUCUGAAAAAUCCCGCAUAGCGUUUAUUCUAGACCAUCCUGUGGAGCCAUCCUACCCUGUGGGCUUCAACUCAUCUCCUGUCACUAGAGUCAUUGAGCCUAGAGUUGCGGAAGAGCCAAGUGAAGCACGACCUCACCGUUCAGCCGAACCCAACGAAACUGAUCAAAUUGCCGUUGAGGAUGCUUCGGUCUCAUUUCUUCCACCCAGCGAAGAACCCAAGAAGCGUACCGACGUAUUUUCGAUGAUCGAGAACCUCCGCUCUUCCUCGCCUCCCAUAAACACACCGCGAGAAUAUGGGUUCAUGACGCCUCCGCAGUUACGUGGUCUGCGUGGUCCCGAUCGUGAGUCGGGAACACCCCAAACGCCCACUUUGCCAGCUGUCGUAGCUGACAACGAAGACGGUUUUCUGGGCUCUUCUCCUACUCCCGGUAUUAGAGGUCGGACACAGUCUGUUGGAUCGCAGAUCCCAUCGUCGCUAUCAACACCAGCAAUGGAAUCUCGUUUUGACAGUGACGUUCCAUCCUCCCCUCCAGAGCUCAAGGCACAGGGUGCAAAUGCCCGCAACCAACAGAUGUCUCUAACAGCCGCGGCUGUCGAGAACAGAGUGAGCAAGAAAAAGAAAUCUAAGAAAUCUAAACGUUCGGUAUUGAAGGAUAAGAAACGACCUGACAGCCAACAUACGCAAUCCGAAGAGGCACGCGAAGAUCCCAGUCGAGCAGGAACACCGCUGAGCAGUCGUCUCCGUUCAUCUACCGGCAAGACACCCCAGGCAGACGCACAAAGUACGAUUGAACCGCAGCCUAACAUUCCCCCAGUUAGUGAACCAAUUCUUGCUUCGAACGCUUCAAAAUCCCAUCACGGCUCUCCUGACAAGCCUAUGUCUCUCAAAUCUACUCCCAAGGAUGUCGCCGUAUCUAGUGAAAUCGCGGACGGCUUAGACCCUGCAUGUGACUGGAUUGCGGAUUCUUUCAGUGAUGACAUGGAGACGCAGAUUGCGUCUCAACUAGAGCAAGACCUAGAAUUCGCUGUCGAUUCGGAUAAACCUGAUCAAGAACAAGAGACGGAGCUUCUGUCUGAACCUCCGUCUGGACCUCCGAUGACAAGGAAGAGGAAAAGAGAUGAAAACGCAUCGACACCUUCUAGAGCAGAGCGACGUCGAUCGACGAGAAGUUCUGCGAAGGAAUUCGAUGCUGAUCUCAAGGAACCUCGGAGCACUCGCUCAAAGAAAUCGAUGUUGUCGGGCAACGCCCAACAGGUUGCAUCUUCACCGGCUGAGUCAGCGCCGAAGAAGCAAAAGCUCCAUGCUAAAGGCGAUGCAGAUGAUGUACCUGCCCGGCUGCCCGAUUUACAGCCGGACAGUAUCGGCUCUGCUAAAGGCAGUGAGGCCUCUGCCUCUCAGAAACGCAGGUCUUCCCGCCUGAGUGGUAACUCCCCGCUGGCCGUACCAGAGGAAGGCACAGCUCCCAGAAAAUCACCUCGGAACGGUAGUUCGCGCAAGCGAAACGCCAAGCGUAAGGGCAACGCAUCAAGGGAACCAUCUCCGAGGUCAGAGGCUCAGGCCGAAGAGACUGCCACGGCAGCUUCCCAUGAUGACCACCAGAAAGAAACACAGGGUUUUUUCGAACAGAAUGAUAUUCAACAACCCGAAGAGCCUACAACUCAUACCCCGGCCGCCGAGCAUACGGCCACGGCUCCUACAAGCGAGAAGGAACCACCUACCGACCAAGAACCUGAAAGCGAUACCAAUAUGAGAAAUGCGGACGGCGAUUCCAUUCCCCAAACAAGAAAACGAACCCUCUCUCGAACAACCCAGAUGGAUGCCCAUCAAGAGAAUGUCAGCGGCGCAACAGGGAUUAUCACCUCAUUCAGAAACCUGCUGGACGAUAUUAAAUCAGCCACCUUGGACCGAGAUGCUAUUCGGCAAAUUGAUGACUUGAUGUUCGAGAUCAGGGUUGAAACGGGCGAGGCCCUAAGAAGACAUACUGGUUAA